ACGUGUCCAUGUACUUCAACUAGUAUCAGUUUUAGCACCGCUUAGCACUGGUGCAGAUCUCCUUGCCAGGAACAAUUGUUUGUAACUCGCACUUUGUUAUUCGUGCGCAGCGACAGCAUGAUGAUGUACAGACAGUACAUGUCAUGACUGUGGGUUCUGCAGGAGUGUAUAGGAGCUGUGUGUGAUGAAGUAAUGUUUCAACUGGCGGCGCAGGCAAGUAAUUAGUCAGUAUGACAGUCAUUGUAAGUUUCAGGUGCUAAAAGAGUGACGUGAUCGCGUCCAUAGCCUCAUAGGUGCCACGAGUGGCUCGCCAACAUCUUCAUCACGGUAUCUAUCUAUUGCGGCGGCGAGAGAUGGAACCAAGUCACAAGUCAACCCACAAGCUUAGGAGGAACCCCACUGAGCUGAGGCAGCGCGAACGCAUCCAUGAGUAGAGUGCCUCGUAAGCAUUGUUCGGGACCACAAUGUCGAGCGAUAACUACAACAGUUACUACAAGAGUACAAUGUCAUGUACUUCAGUAGUUGAUCGAUGUUCCAAGUCCUCCGUCUGUUCAAGACCAUAGGGGAUUCAAGAGAAGCGCUGAGGAGCGGGACAGCGGGACAGAGGGAAAGGGACAGGAAGAGAGCUGCACGGUCCAGUACUGUACUCUGGACCGGUGUGCUCGUCAAUUAUUUAGGCUAGAAAGAUGGAUGGCGCGGCAAUCCUCCGGCUUGGAGUGUUUCUUCUGGCUGUAGUCCCGCUUAUGAUUCAAGGAUUCGUGAACCCGCCGGUUAUGACCCCUCAUGACAAUCCUUACUACGGUCAAAUCAUUUGCCAUUUCAAAAACUCCCCAACCUCGGCCGUAGUGCAGCAGGUGUUCAACUACGGCCAGAUGGUCCUGUUCCGCACCGACUUCAACCCCAGCGAUCAGCAUUAUCUGCCAAAUAUGGACUGCCUGGUCACGUGGUCUGUGCGACCAGGCUGCUGGGUGGACGUGGAGUUCAUCGGCGGGUUUAAGCAGCGGCCGGAGGCGCCGUGCGGCGAUCACGCGCUCUUCCUCACCUCGUCGAUUCCCGGUGACGAGCAGCACGUCCAGCUCCACAGGUACUGUGGCGUCGGUAGCGCCCAUAGCGGGGACGAGAUCAUAGCUCUCAGAACCAAUCUCACCUCGCUGGUAAUGACGAUCAGCACUGACAACGACACCGAGACUAUAGGCGCCGUUGUAGCGCUGUAUGAACGAUGCGAUGCGGAUGCCCAACAUACGUAUUACAGCCACAGUCGGAGGCGGCGACGAGGAAUUGAAAGCACUGAAAGCACUGACAGCACCGAGCCUGCCCCGACGGGUAUACCCGGCUGUGAUUGCAAGGACCUGAGCCUGUACCAGUGUCCGCACAUCAACGAGAUCGUCCAUGACAUCGGAGCUCAUCCGACCAAUCAGAACCUGGAGAAGCGGCUCUGCGACGUUCUGAGCUUAGACGCCUGCUUCCUGCACACGUACGGUCACACUUCCGGUGUGCUCGGACCAGACUGUAAAUAUUGAGUCACUCCCAUAUGCCGCACAACGUUCGCGCAACAAGUCACAGUAGAAUUUGGUCAAGCAGUGGCAGUCAGAAUCCAGCAAAUCGAAUUAUUGCCAGGUCGUUGAAUGUCUCAAUAUCCUUGUCAGUUUUGUGUCUUGCUGUCGCACUAUCUGACUGUAUAUUAUUUCGUUACCUUGGUAGACUGUUAGUCAAAACUAGUAACUUAUUGCUCCUUCCUGUUCUGUAGUACAUUAUUCCGUUAAGACUCAUUUCGGAGCGUGUUGACAGACUGUCCUCAAGCUGAUUUGCGAGUUGCGGCCCAAGUUCAGUACUAGUUUUUCACAUGCUUUGAAGCCUUUUUUUAGCGCAAAGUUUGCAAAGCGACAACUCUACUCUAUCUAACUGUAUCGACCAUGGCAUGCACUGCUGAGAGCGCCAAGCGCUGGUUUCGCCGAUGUGCCAGAACAUUGUGUUCUCCGCGCGGAGAGUGCGAGAAAGAUCAGUCACGUCUGAUGGCUGCCAUUUCAUUGGCAUCAUUAUCCCCGUUGUGUUCAUCUCACUUUGUCUCAAGCUCUGGACAGAGAAAUAGAACCCUCCAAUGAUUGCCAAUUACCUAUUGCUGUUGUGUCUGAGCAACCACUAGUUAUUACAAGUAUUGAUAGUUUAGAACAAAGAACAUAAACAUCUCCUGGCUUUGGGCCAGUCGUAGAGAGGUUGAGAUGCACGUUAUUUCCGACGUGACACGCAUUUUCACGUCACAUUUGGCGUAAAACUCCAGAUUUCGACGUGAGCGCGGGGCCGAGCUGCACGUACGGUACGUGCAGGUCACUCGCGUUGUUUUCGACUCGCUAUCGCUAGCCAAAUCACGCGAGCUAAACUUUCGCGUCACGUCAGAAAUAACGUGCAUCUAACCUCAGGCUCUCGAGUCUAGUA